AUCAACCACUUCGAUUUCAUCGAAACCACCAAAACAAGAGACCCAAACCCCCGUUUAUAUACUUCAUCAUCUUUUCUUUUUAUACCAUUUAAACACAUUCCCACCCAUCUUCUCCUUCUCCUUCUCCUUCUUUGCUUUGAACCGUUAUUAACUUUGGGCGAUUCAAAUAAGAAAAAAUAAAAGAAAAGAUGGGAACGGCAGCAGCACCUGGUUCUUACAUUGCAAACAUCAAGCCUUGUAUUCCUUCUUCUCGUAAAAUACUUGUUUCAAGCACGGUGAACAUCAGCACUGAGCAUAAAGAAGCGUCUUGGACAAGGCUUGCAAGCUUCUCUAACAUCUCAUCAAGGCAGCCGUUCCUCCAUAGUAUCACUUCAAAACCUGUGAGAUUUGAAAAGUUUGUUACAAGAGCAUUGUCUGAAGCAAGUGACAACAAGCCUUUGCCUGGACUUCCUAUUGAUUUGAGAGGUAAAAGAGCAUUCAUAGCUGGUGUUGCUGAUGACAAUGGAUAUGGUUGGGCUAUAGCAAAAUCUCUUGCUGCUGCUGGAGCUGAAAUUCUUGUUGGAACAUGGGUACCUGCGCUCAACAUAUUCGAGAGCAGUCUAAGACGUGGAAAAUUUGAUGAAUCACGCGUAUUGCCAGAUGGGUCAUUAAUGGAUAUCACCAAAGUUUAUCCCAUGGAUGCUGUUUAUGACUCACCUGAGGAUGUACCUGAAGACGUGAAAACAAAUAAACGUUAUGCCGGCUCUUCGAAUUGGACAGUUCAGGAGCUUGUUGAAUCUGUGAAAAAGGAUUUUGGCAGUAUCGACAUUCUUGUUCACUCCCUUGCAAAUGGACCAGAGGUAAGCAAACCACUUUUAGAGACAUCGAGAAAUGGAUAUCUUGCCGCCCUAUCUGCAUCAAGUUACUCCUAUGUUUCUCUACUCAAGCAUUUCCUUCCAAUAAUGAAUACAGGAGGUUCAUCGAUUUCUCUAACAUACAUUGCUUCUGAAAGAAUAAUCCCCGGAUAUGGUGGAGGCAUGAGCUCGGCAAAGGCUGCUUUGGAGAGCGAUACUCGUGUAAUGGCCUUUGAAGCUGGAAGAAAACACAAAGUCAGAGUCAAUACGAUUUCUGCAGGUCCAUUGAGGAGUAGAGCUGCAAAAGCCAUUGGAUUUAUCGACAUGAUGAUUGAUUACUCACUGGCUAAUGCGCCCCUGCAGAAAGAACUAUCAGCAGAGGAGGUGGGGAAUGCUGCUGCCUUUCUGGCGUCGCCAUUGUCUUCUGCUAUCACAGGGGCUGUUGUGUAUGUUGACAAUGGCCUAAAUGCAAUGGGAGUCGGAGUCGACAGUCCGAUCUUUGCGAACCUUGACAUUCCAAAAGAAAAGUGAAUCUAGAGAAGCAAUGUUCACUCAGCGGAUGGUGUUGAAAUUUUUAUAUUUAGCCUAAAAUAAAUGUUCUUAUCCAUCAAUGCAUUUACACAAUUUAUCACAUUGUGGAGUUUGGGGACUCCUUUCACUGAUACUGUAAUAACAUUUGCGGUUAACAUUUGA